AAGGCGGCUGAGGCGGCGGCAGCAGCAGGCAGCCCGCGGAGCACCCCCACCCACCCCCCGGCGGGGAGACCCUCCUUCCCCCGGUCCCCGCAGCGCAACCUGCAGCGCCGCUCCCGCCGCGCUGCCCGGGCAGGCGAGCCAGCCCCGUCCCCCCCACCGCCCGGGGGCUCCCCGCGCGGCCCCUCCCCGGGAGAAGUUUGCAAAAGCCGCCGGUGCCCUGCUCCGGGGCUGGCGCGUGGAGCCAGCCCGGCCCCCGGGAGCAGCCGGCUUGCAUCGGGGACCAUGCCCCAGCAGGACCCGGGGUCCCGUUCCCCGGCAAAGAGCGGCAUGCCCCGGGGGGAUUAACCCUCCCGAGCCCCGCAGCGCCUGCUAGACCCCCCGAGGGUGCGAACCGAAGCCCUCCCCCGCCCCCUCCAGCUCCGGAUCUGCCCAGAGUCAAUAGGAUGAGGGGGAUCUGUUACUUUGCCAUGCUGAUCCUCACAGAAGCCAUGACGGAAGCAGUGAGUUCGGGCAGAGAUUGCCUGCAGGCCGGGGAGUCCUGCACCAAUGAUCCCAGCUGCAGCUCCAAGUUCCGGACCCUCCGGCAAUGCAUCGCAGGCAACGGCGCCAACAAACUGGGGCCGGACGCCAAGAACCAGUGCCGGAGCACGGUGACGGCCCUGCUGUCCAGCCAGCUCUCCGGCUGCAAGUGUAAACGGGGCAUGAAGAAGGAGAAACAUUGCCUGAGCGUCUACUGGAGCAUCCACCACACCCUGAUGGAAGGUGUGAACGUGUUGGAGAGUUCUCCGUACGAGCCAUUCGUCAGGGGCUUUGACUACGUCCGGCUGGCAUCCAUCACCGCAGGUUCCGAGAACGAGGUGACGCAGGUGAACCGCUGUCUGGACGCCGCCAAGGCCUGCAACGUGGACGAGAUGUGCCAGAGGCUGAGGACGGAGUACGUCUCCUUCUGCAUCCGGCGCCUGGCCCGGGCCGACGCCUGCAACCGCUCCAAGUGCCACAAGGCCCUGCGCAAGUUCUUUGACCGCGUGCCCCCCGAGUACACGCACGAGCUUCUCUUCUGCCCCUGUGACGACACGGCCUGCGCCGAGCGCCGCCGACAGACCAUUGUCCCCGCCUGCUCCUACGAGUCCAAGGAGAAGCCCAACUGCCUGACCCCCCUGGAUUCCUGCCGGGAGAACUACGUCUGCAGGUCCCGAUAUGCGGAGUUUCAGUUUAACUGCCAGCCAUCCCCGCAGUCUGCGACUGGCUGCAGGAGGGAGAACUACGCUGCCUGUCUGCUGGCGUACACAGGAAUCAUAGGUAGUCCCAUCACACCUAACUACGUCGACAACUCGACCGCCAGCAUUGCGCCUUGGUGCACCUGCAACGCCAGCGGCAACCGCCAGGAGGAGUGCGAGAGCUUUCUGCACCUCUUCACCGACAACCUCUGUCUCCAAAACGCCAUCCUGGCCUUCGGCAACGGGACGUACCUGAACGCGGCACUGGCCCCGUCCGUGCCCCCGACGACACAGAUGUACAAGCAGGAGCGAAACGCCAACAGAGCCGCCGCCACCCUCAGAGGGAACAUCUUUGAGCAGCUCCAGCCCACCAAGGGAUCUGGAGAGGAGCCGCUCCUAAGGGGCUCCACCCAACUGGCAUCCGAAACCUCUGGCUUGGCGUCCGCCUCCCGCGCUGCGGGGUGGCUGCUGAUGUGGGUUUCCAUGGCUCUCGCUGCGCCACUCCUGCUUGCGAUGUGAAACGGAGCGAGCACGCAGCAGGCGGGGACUCGAUGCGUGUCUCUUUCUUUUUUUAAAAAAAAGCACUCGUUGGGGGCGGGGCUGUAUGUGGAAAUUGCCCUGCUCCCUCUCCACCCCCCCAGUCAACAUAUUUUAUUUUGUAAAAUCGAAGGCGUCUCACCAGCUCGCUCCUGGUCACCCUUCCCGCUCUUGGCUCGCUUCUCGUCUCCAGCGCCCUGUAGCGUAUCCAUGGCGUUGCAGACCCACAGACGGGUCCCUUCAUAGAGCCCAGCACAAGAAACCAGAGAGUCAGAGGCCCUGAGCUCUCCUGAGACAGCCGACCGAGGAAAGACUCCUGACAGAUGAGCUGUCGGGAGGGUUUCGUGAAACGCUGGCCUACGGGGACAUGGUGGGUCUCACGAUAGGCCAUGCAACUUUCUACACCGUGACCCGAGCUGCGGCAGGACCAACAGAACCCCAUCCCUGGCUCAGACUAAAGCCAUCAUCCACUUUGUCAGCAAGGUGUGGCCUUUGCCCACCAAGGAAGACACUAGGCAUCUCUGCGGGGUAGCGCAGAGCCAGGGCCGUUGCCAUCCCUGACCUAGCUGGUUUUUCGACAUGUCUGACAGCAUCCUGUGUCACUGGCGUGUAACUCCCAGCCGAACGCUGACCCUUUUCCCCUCUCCUGUAGAAAACCGUCUUCAUGCGUUACUGGUCUUCAGGAAGAAACACGUGUGUCACUUUCCAUUUUUUUUGCCAGCGUUGGCAAUUCAUGGUGGCAUCCCCUUCUGAGCCCGGAACAUUCUAAACUGGCCCUGUCCAGUCUUUGGGGUAGUUUUUGUCAUAUCCAAGUGUGAGGUGAGAGUAGGAUAUAUUGUCUCACGCAACGCUAGUCUUUUUAUAAUCGCUUGAUAUGUGUAAGCCUCCAGGCAAGAACUGAUGUUCGUGUCCCUUGACUCAUGUUCACAUAUGACAGGCGAGUUGUUUGGUCUUAAAGGUUGUGUCUACACUGCAUCAGAACACCUGCAGCUGGCCCGGGUAGGAAUCAUAGAAUAUCAGGGUUGGAAGGGAUCUCAGGAGGUCAUAUAGUCCAACUCCCUGCUCAAAGCAGGACCACUCCCCAGACAGAUUUUUACCCAUUCCCUAAAUAGCCCCCUCAAGGGGGGAACUUACAACCCUGGGUUUAGCAGGCCAAUGCUCAAACCACUGAGCUAUCCCUCCCCCCGGUCAGCGGGAUCAGGCCGUUGGGGUUAUACAAUUGCUGUGUAGAUGUCCGGGCUCUGGGACCGCAUGCGCCCUGAUGUCUACACUACAAUUUUAUAGCCCUGCAGCCUGAGCCAGCGAAUAUAGGCCAGGUGUGAGUGUUUUACUGCAGUGUAGACACCCUUAGUGACACAAAUGACGUUCAGUGGUUUACUUGGUAUCUCUCUAGUCACAGAAAUGAAAGAUGGCCUGGGAAAGGUUCAGCGGAGACCUAGCAACCAACCAACUCACCCACACAAAUGACCACUGGGGGAUACUCCAAAACCCAGCCGCCGUAUGAAAUGAUCCAGGCACUAAAUGUAGCAAGGCAUGGCUUGCUCUGCUUCACAUGGUUAAAUAGUUAACAAGAGUUGCCCUUGUUAGGUUGGCUCAUGCCCUCAUGCUUCAGACACUAAGUCAACCUCUAAAUAAUGGGAUCUGGGAAGAAGCGUUCUCUAUACUUGCUGCUUGCUGGAUUUAGUGCACCAUCUUCUGUCGGUGCAUCAGGGGCUGGGCUGCUGGGCUAGAUGGCCCAUGGGUCUGAGCCACCCCUGCCUUUCUGUUGAGCUAGAGCGUAUGAUCCUGAGGGUGGUGAGUGAGCCCCUAACUCCUGUUGAUAUCAGUGGCCGAGCUGAGGGGUCUCUGUGCUGGAUCAGGCCCAUAGAGAGGUUGGUGAAUUGCCCUCUCAUUAAAUACUCAGCCUGGCUGCCCCACGGAGGUGCCUUUCUUGAGGGCCUCCUGCACUUUGGGCCGCUGGGUUCCAGAAGCACAUUCCCUAGGUCACACGUCUCCAGCGCCACCAGCAACAGUCUCCUGCCACGUGGAUUUGUUGGAAGGAUUUUGACAGGGCCCAGCAGUGGCAGGUAGGGAGCACGAGCACCACCCAAUGGAGCGCUGCAAGCACAAGGCCCAGGAUAGGGGUUUGGCUGCAGUCCGUUGCCCUCCUCUCCCAGUCCCCUCAGAAGUUGAUUUCUUAGCUCGAUUGCUUACAUUUUAAAGGAAAAUUGCAACGGAAGAGAAACAUUCCCAGGCUCUUAGUCCAGCGUGAAAUAUGACCAAUUAAUACUCACUCUGGAGUUCUGGGCCUAGUUUAACCAAAGCCCUGUUAUGUUCCCCCCACCCGGGUUGCAGUGACCAAAGCCGGGCUCCAGUGGUGCACCUUAGCACACUAACACCUCACUGGCCUGGUUUGACAGAGGUCUCAGCUGUCCCAGAGAUCUUCAUAAAAUCAGGGCUUAUGGGCAGGGACACCAGGUUUAAAUGUGAAACAACAAAGCUGGACCCAGACCUAUCCUCAGCUUGGUGUCAUGCAGCCAGCUGGGAAGAGGAGAGCUACGGAGAACAGCAGACAAUGGCCACAGCUCAUGGUACAUUUUUCAGUUGUGUUUUUAGUGGGAUGGGGUUAGCAGGCACUAGCCUAGCCUAUGUAGAUCCUGGUAGCACACUAUGCCUGGGCGAGCCUUUUAAUAAUGCGUUAAAUCACACGACUAACAGCUGUGCUAUGCAAAUCAUGACCACAGCAGAGGCAGGAUUUGAACGCUGACCCAAUGACAGCUAGACAAGGAGCUUACCUGUGUACCAGGACGCUACCUCAUAAAGAGUCCUUGAUGUGCUACACUCCUUACCUUUAAAUAGCUGUGGAAAUUUCCUGCCGUUCUGGCCGCAGUAUCCUGAACUGCCAUGCCAACCUUCUUGUGCUGAGCCACGGAAUCACGCCCCGUUACUGGUUAGAAGGGUCAUUAAAAUGGCCGCCUUCUGGGAACUUACCCCACUGUCCAGUUCACGUCCCUGGGGCUUUUGAAGUGCCGAGUUCCCAUUUCCUGAGCUACGUGUGUUCUAAGUGAAUGAGGGUUUUGUUUUUUUUCCCCUGCAGCCAGCAGUAGGAAAAGUCAUUCCAGCCUUCCCUUAACGUCGGUGUGGAGAAUUUUAGUCAUCACACGCUCGGCAGGGUGGAAUUAGCUAUAAUUAAGGGGGGAGUGGCUCAGCUGGUAUAAAUUGGCUGAAGGAACUGGCAUCAGCUGUCUUGCGUACUCCUGCUUAACGCCACCCUUUUUUGAGCGGCAGAGGGUCGGCUGGCCAGACAGCGCCUGGGUUCUCAGCCUCCAGAAGACUGUGCUCAAUUGUUCCUUCAAAACCAGGGCUUGAAAAGCAAGCGGUCACGUUUCACACCUCAGACACGGUGGUUGGUCUUCAGGAAACCGGCCCUAGUUCUUGUAAGCCAAAUAGUUAUUGUUUUCCCCAUGCCACCCUUGCAAGCGCGGCAAAGCCAACACAUUUCAAUGGCGGCAAAAGUGUCACCCUAAUUUUCUUCCCCGCGCGAAAGCCCCAUGUUUUAUGGAUUCCAAACACUGGCAAGUAUGGGCGGGGUUAGCCUACAAAAGGGGUCACAGAACUGCAAUGGACGUGGAUGCCAUUUGAUGCCUGGAUGAAAUGAACAAACUGUUGUGUAUUUUGUUGGCCAUGCUGGACGGAGUCAGCAGAGAUCUGGCCGGGAGCCCAGUAGGUUUCCUACACCUAUAGGACUGGGGGUUUGCCACUCAAUUUAAAAAUUCAAAGCUUGUUGAUGCUAAGCAAUGGCGAGGUGGAGAAGAUAUGUGUGGAAGGGUUAACACAAGAGUUCAAGCCAACUUUCUCUCUCUCUCACACACACACACACCCUCCAUAUCUCUUCCCUCCCCCUCCACAAAAUGGGAUGACAUUUUUAUAUGAACAUUUCAUCCCUUUUUUCCCCAUCAGCAUUUGAACUUGAAAUUUGUAAUGAAUUUUUUUAUCAACAUUUGCAAUUUCUUUUUUAAUCAGUUCUUAUACCCAAUGAGAAAAUAUAAUCACCUUUGUUUGGGGGAGGGGGGGUUCCCUUUUUGCCAAGGGCCAAAAUGUUGGCAAAAAUGUAAAACAUCAAAAAUGAUUACAUUUUUCAAUCCGCUCCACUAACCAGGGCCCUUGGCGUAUCUGCUUGCACUGGAAAGGGGCUGAGACAGCCCAAUCCGUACCCCACAGACUUUCAUAAGCACAAAGCUACGUACUUUUUAAUAAAGCAAAAUUCUGUGGCAUCGCUGAGCUGUUUUUUCUGAUGGGCCAUUGCCGGAGCGGUUUGGGAAUUCAAUCGCCAAACCAACAACGCUACCGGUGAGGAAGCCAUUUCUGCGGGAAGGAAUAAUCUCUGCAAUAAAACAAGUGAUGGCAGGUGAUGCUAAGUGACUGUGUGUGCACGCUCGCGGGGGCGGGGGGUCGAAUGGCUGAUGUUAGCGUAUACUCCGGGGAUAUACUCUGUACUUAACUAAACUUCUAUAAGCAUCAGUAUUCAAACAUGUACAUGAAUAAAGCACACAUGCAUUUUCCUGA